AAGGAUGGUUAAUAGAAGGAUAUGGUCAGUAAAGCUCAACCGUAGAUAUGAAGAGGACGGCGCUAGGUGUCAUAUUUUGCCUGACCGUAGCGCUCAGCCAUGCAUCAGUGAGGGUCCGUCGUGGUGGCUACGGUAGCCACGGAGGCGGUGGUUACGGCGGCGGCGGGUACGGCGGUGGAGGCGGCGGUGGAUUCGGUUUCGGCGGCGGCGGCGGUGGCGGUAGCGGCGGCGGUUUCGGCGGUGGGUUCGACGGCAUAUCCGACGGCGUCAACGGCAUUAUUGGAACAGUGAGGUCCGGACUUCAGCACCUUGCCAAAAGCGCUGCUAGCGGCAAUGGGAAGUUCGUGAGCACGAAGUCUGAUGAUGGGAAAUCGGGCGGUUUCGCGUUCACUGGCACCCUGGGCGGAAAGGGAGGAUACGGCGGCGGGGGUGGCUACAGUGGCGGCGGGGAUGGUUUCAGUGGCGGAGGGGGCGGUUUCGGAGGCGGUAGCGGACUCGGUGGAGGAGGCCACGGAGGAUCUGGAGGCUUUGGCGGAAGUGGCGGUGGCGCUGGAGGUCUUGGAGGUGGAAGCGGAGGUUAUGGCGGCAGUGGAGGCGGAGGCGGCUUUGGAGGAGGCCUCGGUGGCGGUGGAGGAGGCGGCCAUGGAGGAGGCGGUCAUGGAGGCAGUGGAGGAUUUGGAGGCGGAUCCACUGGUGGAUUGGGCGGAGGAAACGGAGGCGGCCUUGGAGGAGGACAUGGCGGCAGUGGAGGAUUCGGAGGCGGGUCAAGUGGUGGAUUGGGAGGAGGUUCCGGAGGCUCUGGAAGUCUAGGAGGUGGCCACGGAGGCAGCGGUGGAUAUAGCGGCGGUGGCGGUGGAUUUGGAGGCGGUGCUGGAUUCGGAGGAGGCGGUGGUUUUGGAGGAAGCGGUGGAUAUGGCGGCGGAUCUAGCGGCGGUCUAGGAGGCGGAUCUGGUGGGUCUGGAGGAUACGGCGGCGGCUCUAGUGGUGGCCUGGUAGGAGGAUCCGGUGGUGGCGGUGGCCUAGGCGGUGGCCACGGAAGUAGUGGAGGCUUCGGAGGUGCUGGAGGCCUUGGUGGAGGCCAUGGAGGUAGUGGUGGACUUGGAGGAGGUCAAGGGGGUAGUGGAGGAUUUGGAAGUGGAGGCGGCCUAGGUCGUGGUCUUGGCGGUGGUCAUGGAGGCAGUGGUGGCUACGGUGGUAGCGGAGGCUCAGGCGGUGGUCUGGGAGGUGGACUUGGAGGUGGAAGUGGUCUGGGAGGCGGUCAUGGAGGCGGCGCUGGUUUAGGAGGUGGUUACGGUGGUCACGGUGGCUCCGGGGGUAGUGGUGGGUGCACCUCAGGUUGUGGGGGCUCAGGGGGAUACGGAGGAUCUCACGCGUCUGCCAGCGCCCAUGCUUCCGCAUCAGCUAGUGCUGGUGGCUACGGAAAAUAA